AUGGCACCAUACUUCACCAAGCUGAAGACCAUCUCGAAGAGAGUUGAGGCUAAGCUCAACCAAGUCAUGUGCAAGCUGCACAUGAAGAAGACUGUGAACAAGUCUGAGGCCGCAGUCGAGGUUGAGCUCAUCAACACGGUCGUCAACGAGGGGCAGGGCGAUACUAUCAAGCCUGAGCCUAGCAUGGUUGACCAGGGCAACAUCGACAUGCCCAACGCCGCAGUCGAGACUGAGGUCGUCAACCAGCAGAAGGGCACUACUACCAAGACCAUGCUCGCCAACGUUGACCAGGCUACUCCUACCAACGUCUCUGAGACUGUAGUCAAGUCUGAGGACGCAGAAAAUAUCCAAAACAUUACUACCAAGCCUACGCACACCGGCCAGGGUCAUCUCUCCCUCCCCAACAAGCCCGAUCCUGCCGGCAGGGAUGGUGAGGAGCGUGCCACCGCUGCCAGCCCCAAUGACACGGGCGCAGACGGUUUGCAGAACAGCUCCGCCGCCAGCAGCACCAAGAACCUGGAGAAGAUGGCGAAGCGGGCCGGCAGACGGCAGGCGAGGAAGGCGAAGUGGGCCGCGAGGCGCACCGCCCUCAAGGCCAGGUCCAACAAGCUGGUCGACGCCGCCUUCCUGCCUGCCACCAUUGUCUCGUGCAUCCUCUGCUCGCCGCUCAUCUGCGUGGCUGACAUCACCUUCACCGUGAUCCAGGGGGUUGUCAUCCUGAUCAUCCGGAUCGUGGACGUCAUGUGUGCGCCUGUUCUGGUUUGCAUCAUGUGUAGAAGUGAAGGACACUGA